CUGCUAGCUCGACCUCCGGGUCCGGUAUGGUUGGAUUUAACCACGUCUCCGUGAUCAACAGAAUGCAACAUUCCCGGAUGAGGUUGUCAGUUGCAAUCCACAACUUCCAUUCGUCCAGUUUGUUAGCGAGAGACCUCACGUUGGAGAGAAAGAUGCUUGGUAGCGGUGGUUUGUGUGGCUGUUUCCUAAGCCUCGCUAACACGCCGCUGCGACUCCCCCUCUUUUGUUUACAUCUCUGCGCCGUCGCCCUGUUGUAGAUACUGGGGUUGUAAUCCAGGGAGAGCCCGGUGUCCGAGCAAUAUCGACCGGAAUGUUGUUGUGGACACGGAAAAGCUCCUGUGACAGACUUUCCCCGAUUGCUUGACCAAUGGCCAGUAAAUUUUGUCGGUUUUAGGUGUUUUUAACCGAGCAAAGUGGAAAAGACAAACUUUGAGUCGUGUCUCCAUAGAGCAGCAGACGGACUAGCAGCAGGAAGAAGGCGGGCUCAGCUUCAGCUUCUCAGCUUCAGUGAAACAUCGUCAGGUCAGAUCACUGAGAAGAACAAUGGAAGGCACAUCUCACUGUCUGAUCUUUCUGAUCUUCUUGCUGAGCUGCUCAACAGAUCCAGUCCUCCCAGUUCGUCUGACUGUGAGUCCCAGCAGAUCUCAGUUCUAUCAAUAUGAACCUGCGACUCUGAUAUGUGAGGAUGGAUGGACUGUGAGGAGAAACACAAGCACAGACACCAGGAAACAAUGUGGAGAUGAUGGAUUUGGUAGUUCAGCUGGUUCUACCUGCACCAUCAAAACCUUGUAUCCAUCAGACACUGGUCUGUACUGGUGUGAGUCCAUCAAUGGAUCCUCCAGCAGCAGCAGCAGCAUCCAGCUCUCUGUCUCUGGUGGAUCAGUGAUCCUGCAGAGUCCUGUCCUCCCUGUGAUGGAGGGAGAUGACGUCACUCUGAGCUGCAGAGCAAAGAAUCCAACCCACAACCUCCCAGCUGCUUUCUAUAAAGAUGGCUCCUUCAUUGGUGAUGAAACUACUGGCAACAAGAUUCUCAACUCAGUGAAGAAAUCUGAUGAAGGCCUCUAUAAAUGUAAUGUCAAAGGUCAUGGAGAGUCUCCAUCCAGCAGGAUCUCUGUCAAAGAGAAACCUCCAGCCACCUCUCCACCCUCCACCACCUCUCCACCUUCCUCCUCCUCCUCUUCCUCAGAGAAACUCACCAACAUCUCUGACUCUACAGUCACACCUGGUCCAGGUUCUUCCUCCGUCUCUCUCCCAGUGUUGCUUCCCAGUGCAUCUCUUUGUGUUUUGUUUUUCCUGUUUUUACUGGUUCAACUGGUCGUAUAUUUGUACAGCAAACCUAAGGUGAUGAAGGAGGAAGAGGAGAGGAUGACAUCACUUCCAGAAACAUCAGGAUGUUCCAGAGGAAACAGAAGAAAAGCAAACCAGGAACAGGAAAUGCUCUGAGGCGGCGCUGCUUCACUACUGUUCUGUACGCCACCAUGACAGAAGAAGAAGAAAAACUUUGAUGCUGAAACUCCUGGAGACAGAAAAUGUUGUUGAUGUGAAACUGGAUCCACUGACAACAGGAAGAAAACAUCAGUUCUGUUACUCAGAGAGCUUUCUUUAAUAAACUGGAAACAUUAGAAAGUUGUUCAUUCAGAACAAUCUGAUUUAUGAUUCUUACAAUAAAUUAAUGCAGGAGAAUAAAAUCAACUCCAGAAAAAUGUUCACCUGUCCAUCUGAAUAUGUUUGAGUUUUUUCUCUGUAAGCCUCAUGAAUGUAUUUAAUGUUUCAUUCUCAGUUUUCAGUCUCAUGUUUUCAGAAACUGUUUUUAUUUGAAAUGUCUGAAUGUUAAAACCUCAGCAGCUCCAUUGUUUCUCUGCAGCUUCAGCCUGUUGAACCUGCAGCUCUGCAGCUUGUUGCUAACAAACAUGAUGAUCCUGUCUGUCUGUCUGUCUGUCUGUCUGUCUGUCUGUCUGUCUGUCUCUCUGUCUGUCUGUCUGUCUGUCUGUGUAAGUGUCAAUAAAAUAGUUUAUUUCUUGAAAAAAUGUAUGUUUAUUUCUAAAAGAUAGAAUAAUGUAUUUUAAGUUGUUUGGUUCACGUUUUAAGAUUUGUGUUAAAUGAUUGUAUUUUAUUUUGUGUCAAAUUAUUUUUUGUCGAAAGUUAUCGCGAGAUUUGUGUGCAUGUGUGAGGCUGCGAGACUUAAAUAACCAUAGAAGAAGCAGAAGCUCGUGCCAGAACUAUGUGUAGCAGCCUCAUGUCCUGUAGCUGUCCAGGUAUUUUUGUAGUUAUGUUUGUAAUGUUUUGUGAAUUUAUUGGUUAUGGUGUUUUAUGGUGUUUUAAUUACUUAAUAUUUUGGUUUAGAGUGAACAACGACGAAUCAUUCGGUUAAAGACCUCCGAAGUGGCAGGCGGCCACGAGGUAACUUUUUGUCAAAGCACGUGUCACCUGUCUGUUUGUAAAUGUAUCCAUGUCUAAAGCUUUGUGUUUUAUUUCUGUAGUUUUCACGGCA